AUGGGGAAACUCCCCACUCCCACCGCCAGCCUCCUCUCCUCUCCCCUCCGCCCAUCAUCCACAACCUCAACCUUCUCCGCCCACAGCAGCUGUCUCCGCACGCAAACCAGACACGCAACCUUCAUCCCCCGACCACGACGGCCCUACACCUUCACCCAGCUCAUCCAGCUCUCGGACGGAUCCACCUACACCGCCCGAACCACCUCCCCGCUGCCACUCUACCGUGCCGCAAAGGACACGCGCAACACGCUCCUGUGGCAGCCCAGCGAGAAGAGCCUGCGCAACGUCGAGCUCGACGAGGCCGGUAAGCUGGCUGCCUUUAGAGAGCGAUUCGGAAGGGCGUACGAUGCUGCGGCGCAGGCUGUAGAGGGCGAGGCGAAGGGCGAUGAGGCUGCUGUAGCUGCGGCCAAGGCGGCGGAGGAACAGGCUGCGGCGGAGGCUGCUGAGCAGGAUGCUGGAUUGAACUUUGAGGAUUUGUUGGCGGAAUAUCAACCACAGGAUACGAGCGCGUUGAAAGAUUCAGGUCCGAAGAAAUCCCCCACACGGAGAAAGUAA